CGAGUACACGUCCUUGUUAACGCACUCAUAAUAGAUGUGCAUUCCUACUCUUUGUUGUUGGGAUUACCUUAGGCAAUGGUGGUGGGUGGAGGUCUGCAUUUCGAUUCGAGACAACUGGUACUCACACAAACCGAGGGAAAACCUCAAACUGUUCCUUUGCGAGUUUCCACCUGAACAAUAAAGCGGAUCCCUAGCCCGACCCAAAUAGGGAUGAUUCGAUGCAUUGAUCCCGAGGAGUGCUCCCCCUCACGCCUCGGGGAUGGAAUCAGGGAACGAGAAUACGAAGAAGAGAUGCCCAGCAAAGAGGAAUGGAAGCAUCUAGUUGAACUUUUCGAACAUGAAACCCCCGAAGAAUUUCGAGUGUACCCCGACACUGCUCGGAGCUUCCACGUGGAUUCUGAAGACAUUGCAUUCACGCCUCUAACAACCCAGGAGCUCAUCGCACCGAUCGUGCAAUUGGCGGACGAUCUCUCGCCCGACAUCUACUUUCAGAGCGACAACAGUCCUGCUCCGUACAUUUUCGAGCGAUCCUUGGAUCCGUACCUUCAGUGGACUUCGUGGUUGGAGGAACCUAGGGAUGAGGAUACGCUACCAUCGCGGCAAGAGUAUCUGAAGCCAUACGAGAUCAUCCCUUACGCCUUCUACCAGAGGGCAGAAGAAGUGGUGAUUGACGACGACGACGAAGAAGAAGAAGACGACGACGAGGAGACAUCGGAGGAGGGAAGCUAUAGUGAACAUAGCGAGGGCGAGCUGAGUGAGGAGGAAGAGGAAGAAGAAGGAACCGGGUCCGAGUGGGAAGCCCCGCCGGAGGAAGCGACGCGUACGGUAACGGAGGCGGAAGAUCCGGAAGUGGCGCGAAAGCGCGAAGAGAUUGCCUCCAGAAAGCGCCAGCUGGAGUUCGCUAGCGAGGCUAGCCUGCGCAUCGGUAGCGAUCCCACCAGGGAUCCAGAGCCGUCGAGGCCCGAAGAUGGCGACCCAUAAUGGCGGGUCGUUUUCUUCGGGUGAUGAAGACGGUAGGGUAAGAGUCUUCGUACCUCUCUCACACCACUGCACACACUCAUCAUCGCACACGCACACUGAUC